AUGCAAGCUCUUCCGGCAGUCCUGCUAUUUGGCUCAAUGUUCUACUGCAAAGAAUCACCCAGAUGGCUAGCACGCAAGGAUCGCUGGGAUGAAGCCUCCGCAGUUCUGUCGAACGUCAGAGCUCUUCCCUCUUCACAUCCUUACGUACAGAUGGAACUUCGCGAGAUGCAGGAGCAACUUGAUCACGAGAGAGCCUUGAUCGGUGGAGCCUCCUUCAUGGACUUGAUGAAGGAGAUGUGGACUAUCCCUGGAAACAGGAAGAGAGCCAUCAUCACGAUGUGGCUCAUGAUCACCCAGCAGAUGACCGGCACAAACGCUAUCAACUACUAG